AUGAGAGAAAAAAAUCUCGCACUGAACGAGCUUUAUUACAAGAAAAAGAGAAAGACAAAAGGCGAAUUAACUUGAACCCCUUCCCAACAAAAAAACUAAGGAACUAUUAUUCACCGGAUGAAUUCAAAUCUGUCACUUAUCUUGAAAAAGCAGUGGAAUUGGAACCCAAUAACCUGGAGUUGGAACCUAAGAAUCUUGACGAUGCAGCGGAAUUAGGUUUAAUCUAG